AGAGAAUAAAUCAGUGCUGAAGGGAGAUUCUGUCACUCUGAGUUAUGAUAAUAAUACUGAUACUGAAAUGCAGGAGGAUGAUGAAAUACAGUGGAAGUUUGAAGAGAAACUCAUAGCUGAAAUGACUGGAGAGAACCGUGAGAAUCCUCAAUGUUCUGAUGAAUUCAGAGACCAAAUGAAGCUGAACCCUCAGACUGGAUCUCUCACCAUUCAACAAACCAGAUCUGAACACGCUGGAUUAUAUAAACUAGAGAUCAUCAGCAGUAAAUAUUCAGCAUUCAGAGUCUUCAGUCUUAUCGUCGGUGAUGUAGAGAAGUCAGUGUCAGUGAUGAGGGGGGCGGAUGUGACUCUACGUGCCAAUACUAAAAUACAGACAGGAGAUGAGAUAUUCUGGAUGUUUGGAGAUGACAACCGUCUCCUAGCUAAAAACACAGAAGAAGAGUCUGAGUACAGUGAUUUUAGAUUUAAAGACAUUGUGGAUCUGAAUCAUCAGACUGGAGAUCUCACCAUCAAGAUAAUCAAACCUGACCACAUUGGAGAAUACAAACUAAAGAUCAUCAGAGAUGGCAAAUCCUCAUUCAAGUUAUUCAAUGUUACUGUUUCUGCUCAAGUGAAUGAAUCAGUGCUGAAGGGACGUUCUGUCGCUCUGAACUAUUAUACUGAAAUACAGAAGGGUGAUAAAAUACAGUGGAAGUUUGAAGAGAAACUCAUCGCUGAAAUGACUGGAGAGAACCGUGAGAAACCUCAAUGGACUGAUGAUGAAUUCAGAGACCAAAUGAAGCUGGACCCUCAGACUGGAUCUCUCACCAUUCAACAAACCAGACCUGAACACUCUGGAUUAUAUAAACUAGAGAUCAUCAGCAGUUAUUAUUCAACAUUCAGACUCUUCAGGCUUAUCGUCUUUGAUGAAGAGAAGUCAGUGCCAGUGACGAAGGGGGCGGAUGUGAGUCUGCGUGCCAAAAUACAGACAAGAGAUAAGAUAUUUUGGAUGUUUGGAGAUGACAACUGUCUCCUAGCUAAAAACACAGAAGAGAAGUGUGAAGAAGAGUCUGAGUUCAGUGAUUCUAGAUUUAAACCCAUUGUGGAUCUGAAUCAUCAGACUGGAGAUCUCACCAUCAAGACAAUCAGAACUGACUUCACUGGAAAAUACAAACUAAAGAUCAUCAGAAAUGGCAAAUCCUCAUUCAAGAUAUUCAGUGUUAUUGUUUCUGGACUUCAAGAGAUAAAAUCAGUGCUGAAGGGACGUCCUGUCAUUCCGAACUAUUAUACUGAAAUACAGAAGGAUGAUAAAAUACAGUGGAAGUUUGGAGAGAAACUCAUAGCUGAAAUGACUGGAGAGAACCGUAAGAAACCUCAAUGGUCUGAUGAAUUCAGAGACCAAAUGAAGCUGAACCCUCUGACUGGAUCUCUCAUCAUUCAACAAACCAGACCUGAACACUCUGGAUUAUAUAAACUAGAGAUCAAGACCAGAGAUUAUUCAACAUUCAGACUCUUCAGGCUUAUCAUCUGUGGUGAGUAACACAGAGUCUUUCAGUGAAACAGCAGCAGUGUAUAUGACAGACCUUGUGUCAAAAUAUGAUUAUAAAAGUGUUCCAGUUGUGUUAUAUUAAUGAUGGAGAAACUCUGACCUGUUCAUCAUAUCACUGCACUGCUUCCAUAGCAGAUCUAUACUGAUGUAGAAAUCAGCCAGAGGUAACAUUUACUUGAGUAGUUUUUUUAUAAAAAGUUUUACUUUUUAGAGUAGAUUUAAAUGUGGGUACUUUUACUUGAACUUGAGAACAUUUGUAAU